GCACACAGGCGCGAGAUAAAGAUGGCGGCGACGGUGGGGGAAACGGCGUGAUAUGCUGGAGUAGUGGCACUAAACCCGAGUAAAACCACCGUAUGACAAACCAUAGCAAAAUGGAAACCAUGUCAUAGUAGGUGUUUACUGGUAAUACCAAGUACUACAAACUCACCUUUCCCCUUCCCCCCGAGAGAGCAUUCAUCUUGUGAUUGUGGAGAAAUCUCACCGGGAGCAUGGCUUCGCACAGUAACCAGUACAUCUUUGGGGAGUUCAGCCCAGACGAGUUCAAUCAGUUCUUUGUGACUCCCCGAUGUUACGUUGAGCUUCCCCCCUUCAAUGAUAAAGUCUCCUGCGUCAGCCAUUCCUCAGGAGGUUACUGCACUCCUGCUGUGCCUUACAUAACGGAAUCAUUGAGACGGCAGGUUUGCGGAGAGGACUACCAGCAUAUCGAGUUUGGCGUGGAUGAGGUAAUGAAUGCAGAGCCUGUGGCAGUGAAGGAUUCACUGUACAAAGUCUCCAGCACUCUUAAUCCUCAGGCCCCUGAGUUCAUCUUAGGCUGCCAACCAUCUCAGAAGGCCAUUCCCACAGCCACGCCGGUCGCUGAUAUCCCAGAUGGCGCCGACUUCAACUCCCUGUGCUGCGAAAACUCCGAGUCCUCAGUCCUGGGAGGCCACCAGGCCUGCUCGGACAUGGAUGGGGUUUCGGGCGGCUUGGGACAACGAAAGAAAAAGAAAAAGCGGCCGCCGGGAUACUACAACUACCUGGAGGGUUCCAACAGCAACAGCACCGGUGUGGCAACAGAUGGAGUGGGGGCCACAGGCCUGGUUAACGGACAUACUCCAAACGCUCCACUCAUGGGUUCAGAGGACAUGGUAGGGGACGUGCUAGCUGGGGCUGAGCUCACCCCCCCAAAUUCUGUAACAUCCAACACAUCCACACCCCAAACCGCCCCUCUUUCCCAUCAGAGGACUUGUGAAAGCCCUGACAAUUCGACAUUGGACUUGACGAGUGGAGCUGCCUCUUUGUCAGACAGAAAUGGUGCAGCUUCUUUGUCUACUUCAUCUUCGUCCUCUCAGAGCAGCGGGGUGGCACAGAGUGCCAGGACUGCAGAGCAGCAUGCAGAACCCCCUGCUCUAGAGAGUCCAGUACUCCUUGGUAACGGAGGGCACAGCUCCUCUCCACCAUCUCCUCUUCCCCCUACUGCUGCUGUGGCCACCCCCACAACCACAAUUCCUGCUACUACUGAUGAGAGGGAGGCCGAGGGCUCGGGGGAGGCUAACGGGCUGCCAGAGACUGCCUUGGCUGCCGGAGCCACAGAUGGACUCCAAGACUCGUCUGAAACGGGCGAGGUGCAGUCAGCUUCCUCUGUAACCCCUCUCUCCUUAGACUCUGAAGUUCAGCCGGUAGUCUCGCCUGUUGCCCCUGCAGCACCUGUGGUCAACCCCCCGAAAUCCUGGGCCAGCCUCUUCCACAACUCCAAGCCUCUGCCUGGAGGUCCUCAGGCUUACGUUGAGGUGAAGAGCACGCCUGCUGUCGUCGCAUUAGCUCCAGCUGCCUCAGAGUUGCCUGAAAAGGCCAGUGAGGUGCGCGAAGGCCCUGUACCUGUAUCUGAAGACCCUAUGGCUCCAAAAUUGGCAGAAUUAAUCGAGAAUGUGAAGUUGAUACACAAACCGGUGUCUUUGCAACCAAGAGGACUGAUAAACAAGGGAAACUGGUGCUAUAUCAAUGCUACCCUGCAGGCCCUGAUUGCAUGUCCCCCCAUGUAUCAUCUGAUGAAGUCUAUUCCCCUUUUCACUGAGACUCAAAGACCCUGCACAUCCACACCCAUGAUGGAUAACUUUGUUCGGCUUGUAAAUGAGUUCAGCAAUAUGCCUGUCCCUUCCAAGGCUAAACAGCAAGCUGCUGGAGAGAAGAUAAUGAAAGACCUUAGAGUGGGUGCUGCUUUUGAACCCACAUACAUCUAUAAACUCCUCACCCUCAUCAAGUCGAGCCUUUCUGAGAAGGGUCGUCAGGAGGAUGCGGAGGAGUACCUUGGUUUUACUUUAAAUGGACUGCAUGAGGAAAUGCUGGCACUGAAGAAGCUUAUCUCUCCACAGGAAGAGAAAGCCCCCACACCAAAUGGUCCUGAAUCUCAGCCUGGAGUGGAGGAAGACCCUGCAGAGAAGGAGGAAGAAGGCAGUGAUGAUGAGUGGGAACAGGUUGGACCCAGAAACAAAACCUCCAUCACCCGGCAGGCAGAUUUCAUCCGCACUCCCAUCACCGACAUAUUCGGUGGCCACAUCAGAUCUGUGGUAUACCAGCAGAGCUCAAAAGAAUCAGCCACCUUGCAGCCCUUCUUCACGCUGCAGCUGGACAUCCAAUCAGAGAAGAUCCGCACAGUCCAAGAGGCUCUGGAGAUAUUGGUGGCGCGGGAGUCCGUUCAGGGCUACACCACUAAAAGCAAGCAGGAGAUCGAGAUCAGCCGGAGAGUGACUCUUGAAGAGCUUCCUCCAGUGCUGGUGCUUCACCUUAAGAGAUUUGUCUUUGAGAAGACCGGUGGAUGUCAAAAACUGGUCAAGAAUAUUGAUUACCCUGUUGAUCUGGAGAUCAGUAAAGAUCUCCUGUCACCGGGGGUGCGGGGCAAAACUUUGAAAGGCCAAAGAACCUACAGGCUCUUUGCAGUCGUCUAUCACCAUGGGAACAGUGCCACGGGUGGCCACUACACUACAGAUGUCUUCCACAUCGGUCUGAACGGCUGGCUGCGCAUUGAUGACCAGGCGGUGAAGAUCAUCAAUCAGCAUCAGGUGGUGAAGCAGACUGCGGAGCGCACUGCCUACCUGCUGUACUACCGUCGUGUGGACCUGCUGUAGAAUCUAUACUCGUACACACAAACACGCUCACACACACAUGCAUUCAAACACACGUUUACAUGCAAACACGCACACAAUCUCACACACACACACAAAACCACGUGUCUCAACAGGAACACUGCCCAACUUCACGAUUGUCCUUUUCCCCUCAACCCUGCUAUUCCAGAGAGCCAGCUUUUCCAACUUUUUUCUUUUUCUUUCUUUGUCUUUUUUUUUUUUUUUUUUUUUUUUUUGGAAGAGGAAAAGACAUCAGACGUAUCUAAAGACUUUCCUGUAAUGGUGUUUUCCCCCUCCGAGCACGGUCUGGAGAAGCCGAGGGGAGAAAUGUUAGCACUGCAGAACGCUCCGGUUCGGAGAGACGGACCUGAAUCACUGCAAAUGUCCACAGCCUCGUGCCGACUGGCCGGAGAGGAUCCCGGCUGAAAGAACUCAAACAAGUUAAGGCUGAUGGACUGCUGGAGAAAAUCAUUCUUUUUCUUUUGUUUUUGUUUAAUCUACUUUUUUUAAAUGGCAUAGGAAAAAAUAUGAAGUGUUUUGCCUUUUUAGCAAGAGGAGUUGUCGGCCUAACUUGCAGCAGUUAAGUGGAGCCUGUUAAAUUCUUGACUAGAGCAUCAGCGUGGCCCAACACCAGCAAGCUACCAAAAUUUGUGUCGAUCUCAAUGUAGGAGUUUGUCGACUCCACAAGCGAGACACUCCACCACCACCACAACCUCUUCUCUCCCCCAUUUCUCUCAAUCCUGAUGCUUCAGAUCUAUAUUACACUCGAGUCAUGGGAGAACAAAUAUAGCGGUUGGGAGAAAGGGUGCUGCAGUGUGCUGAAAUGGUAAAAACCAAAACAAGAAAAAAAAACAAAUUGGCUUCUUGGUUUUGAGACCUUCAGUGUGAUUUUUUUGGGUGUAGGAUUAGAAUGACUAUCUUACAAUUUUAAUGCGCUUUAGGAUACAAAUGAUUACAAAAGCUUUGUGCACGUUAAAAAUAAAACCAGUCGAAAAAAAGGCAGAUGUGCGUCGUUAGCACAUUUCUUGCAGAUAUUUAAGUUUUAAAAGUAUUAAAUGCAAAAAUCUUGGCGGCGGUCACCUCGAUCAGCUCCCUGGGGGGGGUUGCGCUUGUUCUUUAGGCUUUUUGCGUACUUUCACGCUGGCGAGACUCCAUCAUGAACAUUGACUCGCGUUUGUGUUUUGUUGUUUUUUUUUUUUUUUUUUUGGUCCCCUCUCGCCAUUUUUCAUUCGUUCUGUUCAUUUGAGUAAAGUGUAUCCACUAUCCACUGGCUGCCUUUCGAUGUCAGUAGAGCAGCAAGAACUGAGCCACUCCUGCCAAGUUUCGAGAGGGAGCUGUGUUGAGAUACAUCUGGUCUGCAUCUCAUUCUGUGUGUUAGCCCGCUCUGAGCAGUCAGCCUGUAGUAUUUAUACACGUUGAGGCUCCGUGUGCAGCUCUGAGGAUGAUAUCUCAGAAUGGGUAGCAAGAAAUGUCUCUUACUGCAGUUAAUUCGCUGCGUUGCCUGAAGUGCAACGGCAGAUGCGCACAAACAGCAAAUCAUGUUUGUGUCUGUUUUAGAGACCUUGCUUCAUAAAUAUUAUACCUGAUUGUAUUUUGUUGAUUUGAGUUUUUCUUCAUUCCCCAUUCGCUUUUUCUGUUCCAAUUAAAUUGAUAUUUUGAAAGGCAAUGACCCAAGGUUAAAGCACAACGAUGAAUAAAGUUAUACAAGUACUAUGCUUGACCUUAUUUAUUUCAUUUGGACUUUUUUUUGUAAUUUAAAUUCAAUUUUCCACACAAUAAAAGCAUCACUGAUAUGAAAAAUUAUUUUUAUUUAACAGCUAACACCGUAACACUGCUCUGCUUUCCUAGGCCCAGAAAUGAUAGACUUUUUGCAUCUUCUGCACUGAAAAUCUUGUUAAACAGCUGAGAUUACUACAAACUUUGUUUGUAGCUGAAAUCAUCAAAUGAGCUAAGUUGUUAAAUAAAAGUGGUUUGAAUGACGAGUGUUUGAAAACUCUGCACACAUUCUUGUUCAUCACCCUAUUACUGAAUAUACCUCUAAUAACUGGGAAUGUUUCAGGCUUGGUAUGUCCAAUCUUUACACAAGCGAUACGUGCAUUUUAGGCCCUCACAAAUGCGCACACGUUUUGUUGUUGGCGAUUGUAAAAGUCAACACGUCGCUUCCAGGAACAGAUCCUUUGAGCUGAGCUCUUCACACAGUCCUGCCUCUGACCACAGGUUAGGCUGGUGUGAACUCAUCUUUCCACUCUAGAAAUGCAGAGCAUGAAUUUCACAUCCAUCUGAAUGAGCUUAUUUUAUCCCGGCAACACGAGUACAGUCGGAAUCUUCCUUCGAAUCGGUAUAAUCGUGGUUUCAUUUACAGUCGUUUGAAAUGUCUGAUUUUGUUGUGUACAUAAAAGGUCUGUUUUUCCUUUCAAUUGCUUGAUCACAGUUGCCAAGUCGUGUGCCCUUUUUGAAUUUCUUGAAUUUGGUUUAUUUGAAUCUGCAGAAGGACAUGUGAAACCAAAGGAUACAGAACUUCUAUAUAAACAGACACUGUUGCCUCUUACGAUUGUUAGGAGAUAGAAGUGUACAAGUAUUUUUUUUUUUUUUUUUCCCCCCCCACAACCUCCCAAACUUUGACGUCUUCACAUGCACCAUUCAAGAACUUGACCUGAAUUCAGUUGACUUGCUGACUCAUCACCAGAAGAAGCUUUUGGAAAAAAAAAAAAAAAAUCACCACUGUUCCCGACUGUUGGUUUUAAUGUGUUGAUGCCUAUUUGGACCCAUCUGAUGCACUCAUCAUGUCUUGUUUGUUUCUCUUGUCUGGAGAUCUGGUUUUCAUGUAUUGGUUUGACUCUUGAGACAGUUUCUUUCUCUUCCUUCAGGGAAAGUCCUGGUGUAUAGUUCAGAUGCUGUUUGUCUUUUCAGUUUGUGCUUCCUAACCCUUGUGUCUGCCGAGAUCUUGAUGCGUUGGGAAAUUGAGCUAAAUACAAACUAUAUGCUGUGUCUCAUCCUUGGCCUUCAGCCUUCUACUUUUGUCAAUUGUUCAAAUAAAAAAUAAAUUGUGGCAAAGCUUUAUUUCUACAGCGGAUUCAAAUACGAAGCCUUUCAAACGAGGCUGUAGCCUUUUCCACCGCAUGUUGCCCCCUCUCUUGAGGAAUGUGCAGCGUAAACCACGAGCAAACAUGAAAUAGAAACCGAUCCUUGCUAUUCCUCUUUAGCAUGUAUUGUAAACUAACCAAAGUAGGUUGAAUUUCAAAACUGCUUUUCUUUGUGUGUUAUUCCACAUUUCUGCCAUAGUUCUGAAGUUCUCUGUCUGACCGUUCUGCAUGCACUUGUGGCUCAGUUGGCUGCCUGUUCGUCCAGUGUGCAGUUUCUGGGUUACAUGGCCUCAUGGUUUGUCUUGUAAAGGCUGCCUCAUCACUUGUAGGAAAAGCGCUUCUCCACACAGGUUUGGUCAUUGCUUUUAAACAUGCAAUCAAAUGUGGUAUUUUCAUUGUUAGCAUCAUAAUAGGGUUUAAGAUUUGGUACAGGAGCUGCAAUCUAGGGUGGAUGAUCAUAACCAGAAUGUAUUUGGAUCAUGCAUAUACUGGCAUUGAUGUAUUAUUGGUAGAGGUUACAUUUAUGUAUUUAAAGCUAGUUCUCCAAAAAAAAAAAAAAAAAGUA